AGAUUCUUUAUCCAACGGUCAAUGCAUUGACAUGCCAUCAAAAAAACUAUGAAGCAACGGUCUAAAAUAAACUAAUGAAAAUAACCAUAGUCCUAUGAAGUUUAGAUAUCCAAUUUUGAAGGGUGAACAACAGUCCUCUUCUUACCAACUACAACCAAAGUUGACAAAGAUAGCUCAUUUCCUAAGUUUUCUUAAGAUAUAGGAAUUAUGUUUAAUCUCUACCAAUGACUUUACAAAUAAAAAAAAUAUAAAAGAAGUCAUCUGUCGCUUAUCUUAUGUGUCAUCUCUAGAUAUACUCAUUCACUCCCUUCCUUAUCAAUUUCUCUUACUUUCUAUCAUUUUGUUUUUUCAUUCUCCAUUGUUUUUCUUUGUGGGUCCUUCAAAUACUGUCUUCUAUGUAAUAAAUAACGUGCACACAAAGUGCAGAUUCAGCUGUCUCAGGCAACCUCCACAAGCCACCCUCCCAACCUAUGAAAAAAAACCUACUUUUGGUACAAGAGAAAGCUUAACCUUAAACCCAAGAAACCUACACUUCUCUUGUAUAAUAGCAUCUUUAGACAAACCUAUAUAGAAAGUAACUUCAUGUUCACCUUGAGAAAAGAGGAACCUUCACCAUGAAAAUCAGACUCAUCUUUCUCAUGUUCACCCAUUUCUUUGUCUACUCAGAAUCUAUUAGCAGAGCUGAUUUUCCUCCGGGAUUCACCUUUGGAACAGCCUCUUCUGCGUACCAGUUUGAAGGAGCUGUCAAUGAAGGAAACAAGGGAGUUAGUAUAUGGGAUACUUUCACAAAGCAAUCAGGAAGGAUAUUGGAUUUCAGCAAUGCUGACAUAGCUGUUGAUCAAUACCACAGAUUUAAGAGUGAUAUAGACUUGAUGAAAGAUAUGGGAAUGGAUGCUUACAGAUUCUCAAUUUCUUGGUCCAGAAUCUUCCCAAAUGGAACAGGGGAACCCAAUCCAGAAGGGAUAAAAUACUACAACAGCCUCAUCGAUUCGUUACUGGAAAAAGGAAUCCAGCCUUACGUGACGCUGUAUCAUUGGGAUCUUCCGCAGAUGCUUGAAGAUAAAUAUGAAGGAUGGUUGAGCAGACAGAUAGUAAAAGACUUCGUGCAUUACGCGUUCACUUGUUUCCACGCUUUCGGAGAUAGAGUGAAACACUGGAUCACCUUCAAUGAACCACAUGGUAUGUCAAUCCAAGGCUAUGACUUAGGCAUUCAGGCUCCUGGGAGGUGCUCUAUUCUUGGUCAUAUUUUCUGUAGGACAGGAAACUCCUCCACGGAACCAUAUAUUGUAGCCCACAACAUCCUCUUGUCUCAUGCUGCUGCUUAUAACUGUUACAAAACAAAUUUCAAGGAAACACAAGGAGGUCAAAUUGGUAUAGCACUAGAUGUCAAGUGGUACGAACCAAGAUCUGAUUGCGACGAGGAUAAAGAUGCAGCUAAUAGAGCAUUGGAUUUUCAUAUUGGAUGGUUCCUUGAUCCACUAAUAUUUGGGGACUAUCCACUCUCAAUGAAAAAGCUUGUGGAUGAGAGGCUACCUGUGAUUACUCCAGAGAUGUCCAAAUUCUUAAAAGGUUCCUUGGAUUUUGUCGGAAUAAACCACUACACCACCUUAUAUGUCCGGAAUGACAGGUCUCGGAUUCGAAAACUAAUAAUGCAAGACGCUUUAACUGAUGCAGCUGUUAUCACAACCAGUUUUCGAGGUACCGUUGCCAUUGGAGAAAGAGCAGCUUCUAAAUGGCUCCACAUCGUCCCAUGGGGAAUCCGAAAACUGGUAAAGUAUUUGAAAGAUAAGUAUGGGAAUCCACCAAUCAUUAUUACAGAAAAUGGUAUGGAUGAUCUAAACAGUCCUUUCAUAUCAUUGAACAAGGCUUUACAGGACGACAAGAGGAUAGAAUACCACAGGGACUACCUGUCCAACCUAUCUGCAGCUAUAAGGCAAGACAAUUGUGACGUACGGGGUUACUUCGUCUGGUCCUUGCUAGACAACUGGGAAUGGAACUCGGGUUAUACAGUUCGGUUUGGACUAUACUAUGUGGACUAUAAAAAUAACCUUACAAGGAUUCCAAAAGCUUCUGGAGGAUGGUUUAAGAGUCUACUUAGACAUGCAAGUGAUCUCCAUGACUGGAUGUAGAAUUUUCUCUCACACUCCAUAGAAAGCACAUACCACAUCAACUAUAGUAUCACAAAUACAUGUAUAAAAAGAAAACAAUUGAAUUUUUUUAAAAGGAAAGGAUCACAUUCAUACGGUUCAUUAAAAC